AUGACAGAGCGUCAGGGAAAGCAGGUUGUUAUUGGGGGUGAUGGACGAUGUAUCAAAAAAAAGGUAAUGGCAGCCGGUAAGAAGAGUGGAUGUAGAUUGCUACUUGAUUGGGCACAGUCAAUAUCUAACCAUGUCUACUGGUGUGCUGCAAGUAGUGGUGGUGAUGAGAAACUACUUAAGGCUAAAUGGCUAUCAUUGCUGAAUCACAUUUGCAACAUUCAUGAUGGUCAUAGCGAAUUAUUUCCAAAAUGUGAGCAUGGUACUCUUGAGCCUCGCUUAUGGAUAAAGAAAGGAUCUAGAGCAUUUACUGAAUUGGCAUCGAUUGUUGAAAGCAGGUAUCUCAUGAAAGAUAUUGGGAAGCUCAGCCAUGAGAAACAAACAUCAGCUCUUGAAGGUUUUCAUCGAGUUGUUAUACUAUAUGCACCAAAGCAUACACAUUUCUUUACAAGGCAAUGCAAGCUAGACUAUGUGAAACAACUAAUGGAGGAAGUGAUAAGGUGCAGACAUGCUAAUUCCAGUUUAAACCAAGCAAUUGCAACAGAAAGACAACAAAAAAUACCAGAUCCACUGACUAGUAGAGUUGAAAAAGUUGAUAAAGUAACAGCAGUGCAACAACAUACUUCACGAUUCAAUCUUAACUAA